CAACGAAAGAAAUAGGAAGGUCAACAAUUUUCUCAUACCCGUAUAUAAAACAAAUCUAUCUCUCCUUCCCUCUUUAAUUUAUUAAUCAGAUCUUGCCCAAUUCUUCAAUUUCUUCAACCCUAAUUCUUCUCUCUUUCUCAGAUCUACCAAACUUGAUCUCCAAUGGCUUCCUCAGCACCACCAGUCCUCCCAAUCUCCAAUCCCCAAACCGUUCCAUCCGCCGCUCCUUCCUCCGUCGAAUCUCAACCACCGAUCGCUACUCCAGCUUUCCGCAAUUUCAUCAAUCAGAUCACCGAAACCGUUAAAAACGGUCUCUCUAAGCGUCGUCCUUGGGCUGAGCUCGCGGAUCGUUCCGCAUUAUCCAAACCUGAGUCGAUCUCCGACGCUGCUGUUCGUAUCCGCAAGAAUUACUCGUAUUUCAAGGUUAAUUACCUCACCGUCGCUACAGCGAUCGUCGGAUUCUCUCUCGUCACUCAUCCUUUCUCUCUCGUCUUCCUCCUCUGUCUCCUCGCGUCGUGGCUCUUCCUCUACUUGUUCCGUCCCACGGAUCAGCCGAUCGUUCUAUUCGGUCGUACAUUCUCCGAUCGUGAGACGUUAGGGUGUUUGAUUUUGUUCAGUAUCUUUGUGAUCUUCCUCACCGAUGUUGGAUCUGUUCUGGUUUCGGCUAUGAUGAUUGGUGUUGCGUUGAUCUGUGCUCAUGGUGCUUUUAGAGCUCCGGAAGAUCUUUUCCUUGAUGAGCAAGAGCCUGCUGCUACCGGAUUCCUCUCUUUCCUCGGUGGUGCCGCCUCUUCAGCCGCGCCUGCUGUUAUCGCCGCUCGCGUGUAAAUGCGAUUCCGAUCUACCAUUCCCUCGCCUGGGUAAAUCUUUCUAUAUGAUUCAUUUGUUGAAUUUGAUACUUAGAUUUUGUUUUUUUAAUCUGAAAACAAUAAACGUGAAAAUGUUGUGGAUCUGGCCUAAUUUUGGUUCUUGUUCAUGGGCAAUAGCUAUAGAUGAAAUAUAUAUCUUUGCAUGAUUUUGAUUUGAUGAAGUUUUACUACCGUUUUGUGUUAAUCUUUAGCCUUUUUUAAUUUACAAGUGUUGUUUUGGAAGAUAUGGAUUUAUUUCAUGAUCAAAUUCAAAAUGCAAUGGAUCUGUUUAUUAGAACUUGUAGCCAUCUUUUGAUUUGUUAUGUGACUACAUUGCACUGCGUGUAUACAAUCAAAAGAGUCAAAUUUGGAUGCAUGUGCAUGCAAGAUCCAUCCAAAUUUCACCAGUUUUCAAAAGCACCCAUCAUAAGACA